CAUGCGCAGUAGCGUUCUCCUUGCCUCAUUGAUUCGAUUCUACAGGCACUGCUGCUGUCAAGCAUCCUCUUGAAGAAAGUUUACGUUCUUGUUGUCUGGUUCGUCCAACAAACGACGAUGAAACGGACGUUUUCCUACCACACCCAAUGCACAGUUCCUGACUGGUUACAGGGGACCCUUGUGCGCAAUGGACCUGGGAUGUUCUCUGUUGGGGACACGGCCUAUAAACACUGGUUUGAUGGCAUGUCUCUCCUCCAUAGCUUCACCUUUAAAGAUGGUGAUGUCUACUACCGGAGUAAAUUUCUCAAGAGUGAUACUUUCAAAAAGAACACUGGUGCCAACAGGAUUGUGGUGUCUGAAUUUGGAACCAUGGUCUAUCCUGAUCCCUGCAAAAACAUUUUUUCAAAGGCUUUUACCUAUCUCAGCAAUGCCAUCCCUGAUUUCACGGACAACGGCCUUGUGAAUAUUAUAAGAUAUGGUGAGGACUACUAUGCAGCAUCUGAAGUGAACUACAUCAACCAGAUCGACCCUCACACUCUGGAGACAGUCGGGCGAGUAAAUUACAGGAACCAUAUUGCACUGAACCUGGCUACUGCUCACCCUCACUAUGAUGAGGAAGGAAACACAUACAACAUGGGCACAGCGAUCAUGAGGUUUGGCCAACCCAAGUACAUGAUAUUCAAAGUUCCAGCCAACGCAUCAGAUAAAGACAGUAAAAAGCCAGACUUGAGUAAAGUGGAGAAGGUGUGCUCCAUCCCCUUCAGAUCAGCCCUCUACCCGAGUUACUUCCACAGCUUUGGCAUGACGGAGAACUACAUUGUCUUCGUGGACCAGGCCUUUAAGCUGGACAUCCUCGGGCUUGCAACGGCCUACUUCAGAGGGGUCAAUUGGGGAGGCUGUCUCAAGUUUGACAAAGAUGAUGUUACAGUAUUCCAUCUGAUCAACCGGAAGACUGGGAAAGCAGUUUCCACAAAGUUCUAUGGAGAUCCUUUUGUGGUGUUCCACCACAUAAAUGCAUAUGAGGAAAACGGCCAUGUUGUAUUUGAUCUGAUCACAUACAAAGACAGCAAUCUGUACGACAUGUUCUACAUUGACAACUUGAAACAGGACACGGACAAAUUCAUAGAAAGCCACAAGAUCUUCUCACCACCAGUCUGUCAGAGAUUCGCCUUACCCAUCGCUGUUGAAAAGGACACUCCAGUAGGCACAAACCUUGUGACACUAGAAGACACCACAGCAAAAGCAGUGAUGCAGAAGGAUGGCUCAGUCUUCUGUUCGCCUGACCUACUCCUUGUGGGUUUAGAAUUGCCACAGAUUAAUUACAAAUUUAAUGCCAAAAAGUACAGAUAUUUCUACGGCUCCAGGGUGGAGUGGUCUCCACAUCCAAACAAGAUUGCCAAAGUAGACAUCGUCACCAGGACUCAUAAAGAGUGGAGCAGUGACGAGUGCUACCCAUCUGAGCCCAUUUUUGUGGCCUCACCCGGCGCUGUGGAGGAGGAUGACGGAGUCCUUUUGUCCUCGAUCGUGUCUCUUAAUCCAGCAAAAAAACCCUUUAUGCUUAUUUUGGACGCCAAAACAAUGGAGGAGAUUGCACGUGCAGAAGUGGAUGCUUCUUUCCACAUGGACCUGCACGGCUGUUUCAUUCCUCGCAAGGACAGUAACUAAGUAGGGUUUGGUAUGGUCAUAUUGUACAUAGAUAGAUAGAUAGAUAGAUACUUUAUUGAUCCCCAGGGGGAAAUUCAAGUUAGAGGGUUUCACAUUGUGGCUUCAUUAAAGUUCGUAGUUUGUAAAGGGAUGCAUAAGAUUGAGCUAAAACCAAACACAACAAAUUAUUUAUAAAGAAUAUUUGCAUAAUAUAGUUUGUAUGUACUUGUUUACACAUAAUAUGUAUUUUAAAGCUACAGUGUGUAGGUAAUCUGUUGUUAGAAAUGGAAUAGUAUUCAAAAUGUUUUCAUUAGUACAUAAUACCUGUAAAUAUGUUUUUGUUAGCUUAGAAUGAGCUCUUUAUACCUACAUAGGGUGUGGGUCUGCAUCUGUCAUGUUACCCCCGCCAUCAUCCCAGAAAGGACAAACCAGCCCCAACGGAAAAGAAGUAUAGGAAUAGUAACCGUAUAGGAAUACUAUAGAUAUACAUAGGAAUCUUAUUUUAGUAUUUUAGGACAUAUAGAGUAUAGUAAAUGAAACGCCUAUGAAGGAAGGUGCUUGCUUGAUAACCCUAGUGAAAUGCUCUUGAAGGCUGUUCUGUUGGUUGUUUUUGUUAGUGAUUUGUGACUUGUUAGUGAUUUUGGUUUUGACGGUAAAUAGGGCUUGGUUAUUGAUUGGCCGCUGUGUGAAAUCCCCUAUAUAGCACGAUGAAUGAUAGGUGUGUUACAGAAUAUCAUUGAAGUAUCAUACACUACUGUAGAACAUCUUUUAGGGGGGAAAAACCCUGGUUCUAACAGGGUCAUUUUGUGUUUUCACCACUUGAGGGCUAUCAGAGUUUACCCAACACACUUGGAACUGGAGUGUCAAUUAGUUACAAGUUAGCAAGCUCAUCACUAGAGGCCACUGUAGCUUUAUUUAUGUUUAACUCAAGUCUUCAAUAAGGUGUAUUAUGUAAUGAACUUAACUGAUUUAAAAUAAAUUUACUUUAAGUAUUCAUAUUCAUACAGUA